AAGUUGCGCACCGCUUUUUCUGCGUUGCCAUGGGUUGUUUUUUUUCUAAAACCUAUUGACUGCGACAGGGUCCCCGCUUUUAUUUGAGUCUGCCUUUGUGAAGGCGGAGGAAGAAACCGCUGUUACUUUUUUUUUUUUUCCUUCUUCUUCCAGAGACUGGGGGAGCGUCACAAGCAGCAUCCACAGGAGGAGGAGGAGGGAAGGCUGGUCCAGACUCAGACCCACUCACUGUGUGGAAGGCGCAACACGCUUCACAUCCAUCUGCUCUCCGUCGCCUUUGGGGAUUUUUAGCCAACUUUGCAGAGAGCUGCCACGGACUGCACCAGAAGGUACCGCGUCUUGAGUGCACCGGAGACAUGAACUGAGGAGACACUGGAAAUUAUAAUUUCCUGACGUCUGAGAUCGUGGCCAAUCAUGACAUCACAGAAGAGCUGGGGAAUUAUCGGCAUUCUUGCCGCAAUCACGCUUUUCUGUACCGUCCAUAUGACUACACCCUUAGAUAUUCCCCUGGAAGUUUUAAGUCAUGUAAACAUUGAGCAGCUGCCCACCAUCACUUCCCAGUCUCCGAGCUCUCUCAUCGCCUUCCCGUUUGACGAGAGUUUCCCCGUGACGUGCGAGGCCAAAGGGAAUCCCGAGCCAGAAUUCAGAUGGAUGAAAAAUGGCCAGGAGUUCGACCCUUUCUUAGACCCCCGGCUGAUAAAAGAAGAACAAACCGGGACCUUUGUGAUACCCAAUAACGGGAACCUGACAGAGUACCAGGGAACAUAUCGCUGUUACGCCUCAAACAAACUGGGGACGGCCAUAUCAAAGGAGAUUGAAUUCAUUGUCCCACAUGUACCGAAGUUUCCAAAAGAAACUCUUGAUCCAGUUGUGGUGGAGGAAGGUCAGGCUUUUAUCUUAAACUGUGACCCACCCAAAGGAAUACCCCCUUUCCAGAUCUACUGGAUGACUAUCAACCUCCAACAUAUAGAACAGGAUGAGAGGGUGUCCAUGGGCUUGAACGGAGACCUGUACUUCUCUCACGCCGUGGAGAAGGACAGCAGGCGAGACUACUGCUGCUUCGCCGCCUUCCCAAGAAUCCGAACCAUAGUUCAGAAGACAGCCAUGUCUGUCAACGUCAAGACGAAAAAAAGUCAUAGCAUGAGCCCUGAAAUUGCCAAUGCCAUCCUGCAGAGAAGACCCUUGCUUAUGACGCCCUCUGGUGUUAGAUCAGAGAAACAGCUGGUCAAAGGAGAGGACUUGAAACUUGAGUGCAUUCCUGAGGGAUUUCCGACCCCACAGGUGGAGUGGGUCAAAAUAGGUCACAAGCUCCCAAGUAAAGCCAAACUGGAGAGUCAUGGAAAACUGCUGAUUGUAACAAACGUGGAACAAGAAGAUAGUGGCAAGUACAUGUGCAAGGCAAAGAACAGACUCGGAGAAGUGGUCCAUUACUUCACGGUAAACAUUGAAGAGCCUCCAGAGUGGGCAUUUGAGCCUGAGAGUCAGCUCAGUAUGAUUGGCUCAGAUGUGCUCAUCAAGUGCUCAGCGACCGGGACUCCCCAGCCGACAAUAACUUGGAGAGUGAACGGUCUGCCUCUGCAUGAAGUCCCUGCAGCUAACAGGAAGGUUUUUGAUGACACCGUCAUCUUGCGCAAUGCCAAAGAGUCUGACAGCGCCGUCUAUCAGUGCCAAGCAUCCAAUAGACAUGGAUCCCUCCUGGCCAACGCCAACAUCAUGGUUAUGAAUCUCCCUCCGGUGAUUCUUACCACAGAAGGAGCGGAUUACUCCGCUGUUGAGGGGAGGAGCGUGAUGAUGCACUGCAAUGUCUUCAGCUCGCCGCCAUCUACUAUCACUUGGAGUAAAGAUGAUUCCUCCGAAUCCGUGGUUGGACCAAGGUUUACCGUCCAUGACAACGGGACACUGGAGAUUUACAGCACAGAGGAAGAGGACACAGGACAGUAUACAUGUUACGCCAAAAACACAGAGGGGUCAUCCGCCAUUGAAGCCACGCUUUAUGUUAAAGAUCCCACUAGAAUAACAACUGCCCCGGAAGACCAGCGGAUCUUAAUAGGCACCACGGCCAAGCUCUCAUGCCUGGCAGAAUACGACGAGUCCUUCAACAACGACUUUGAGCUCCUUUGGGAAAAAGAUGAUAUGGACAUUGGCUCCAACUAUACUGAGAAUUCAAGAUACUUUGUGGAGGACGGUACCCUUCAAAUCAUCAAUGUAAGCCACUGGGACCAGGGUGUAUACACUUGUGUGGCCAGGACUCCAGUGGACCAGGACACAGCCUCUGUGUUGCUCAUGGUGUUAGACGUCCCUGAUGCACCCGAGCAUUUGGUACUGUCUGAACACAAGACCAGGAGUGUGAAACUGAAAUGGACGCCAGGGAACGACCACAACAGCUCAAUAACAGAGUUUAUUAUUCAGUAUGAGGAGAGCCAGUGGGAGCCAGGAAAUUGGAAGGAGCUGCUCAGAGUACCUGGAAAUCACGUUUCGGCCAUCCUCAAACUUCACGGCCACGUGAACUAUCGCUUCCGUGUGGCUGGUUUAAACAGCGUCGGGCGUGGACCUCCCAGUGAGCCCACUGAGAGAUACAAAACCCCUCCAGCAGCCCCUGACAAGAACCCGGAAAAUAUCAAAAUCGAAGGUCAUUUGCCGCAUGAAAUGGAUAUCAACUGGCAGCCCCUUCUGCCAAUUGAACACAACGGUCCCGGUCUUGAGUACAAGGUCAGCUACAGACGGCAGGACUUGGAGGAGGACUGGAAGGAACACACGGUGAAGAGGCACUCGUUCGUGGUGACGAACACGCCCACCUUCGUGCCCUAUGAAAUCAAGAUCCAAGCGAGGAACAACCAGGGCUGGGCCCCCGAGCCAAAGAUUGUGACAGGCUACUCCGGCGAAGAUUUUCCCUCUGCUGCACCUGAAAAUGUAGCCGUGGAGGUGAUGAACAGCUCAGCGGUUAAGGUCAGCUGGACCCGUGUACACAAAGACAAGUUGCAUGGACAUCUGGGAGGCUACAGGAUAAACUGGUGGCGUCUGCGCAGUCUGCUGGAUUCCAAAAAAAACCACGGGGACAAACACACGCUGACGUUUCCUGGCGACCACAACCAUGCGGCCAUACCUAGACUGCAACCCUUUUCCGAGUACAGCCUGAUUGUCAUGACCUUCAACGGGCGUGGCAAUGGUCCUGGCAGUCAUCCCGUCAACUUUAAAACCCCAGAAUCAGUACCUGAGAAAAACGCUCUUUUCAGGGUGACGGACACGCAGAGACACUCUGUCUCUCUGGCCUGGGCACCACCCUCAGAGCCAAAUGGGAUUCUGACCGGGUAUCUGCUAGAGUAUCAGCUGAGUAACGACACAGAGGAGGUCGGACCACUGCAGACUGUAGACAUCAGCAAACCUGACACCACCAAGUGGACCCUGCGGGACUUGGAACCUUUAAGCAAGUACACGUUCCACCUGCGUUCCUGCACCACUGCGGGCUGCGGGCCUGUUGUCACCGAGGAGAGCACCACCACCCUUGAAACAAGUCUUGCCAGCAUCCAUGGAGGAAUAUCUAACCAGGGCUGGUUUAUCGGCCUGCUGUGUGCCAUCGCGCUGCUCACACUCAUUGUGUUGAUUGCCUGUUUUGUUAACAGAAAUAAAGGAGGGAAAUACUCAGUCAAAGAAAAAGAAGACCUUCAUCCUGACGUGGAGUCCCAGGGUAUGAAUGACGACACUUUUUGCGAAUAUAGCGACAACGACGAGAAGCCGCUGAAGGGCAGCCGGCACUCUCUGAGCAGAGAGAUCAAAGCGGGGGACAGCGGCGACAGCCUGGUGGACUACGCCGAGGAAGACGCUCACUUCAACGAGGACGGCUCCUUUAUAGGCGAGUACGCCGGCCGGAAGGAGAAGCGAGUGUCAUCUGAGAUCAAGGCCCCCGCUCAGAUCCCAGCGUGAGCAACACAGGUUCCGUCCAUCGUCCGCCGUGCACAUACUUCAAUGAAACCCGCUCAGAGGGACGCAUCAAAGCAAACUCAAAUCAUAGCAAUGCCGAGCACAAGCUGUGUCAAAUGCAAUGCGUCAUUGCCGACAAUACACUGCCGUCCUAAUUCCACAAUGCCCUUGAUUGUUUGGAGCAUUACUAAAUACAAUUGUAUACUGUAAAUAAUUAUAGGGUAUAUUAUUCUGUAUGUGAAGAGUGACUUUUUUUUUUUUUUAUCAUUAUUACAGAGGGCUUGUAUUUUUUUGUGAUUGUUAUUGUUUGAGCGACACUUAUUGUUCAAAAGGCAACAUGGUCUCUGUUUUUUUGAAUGAUCAAUUAGUUUUGUCAAAAUGCAACAUUUACUUCGGGUAUUCAGGACAUAUUCCUGAAAUGUGAUGUAAUUUGAUUGUAAAUUUAACCCAUUAACUUAUUUUUGCAGCAUUAUUUACCGGACAUAUCACGGACAAAUAUUUGUGAUUAUUUGGGAGAUGCUGCAAGUCAAGUUUUAGGUAACACUUUAGUAUGGGGAACAUAUUCACCAUUCAUUACUAUGAAAAUUAGUAACAUAUUGGCUCUUAAUUAGUCAUUAUUAAAGGGGAACAUUAUCACCAGACCUAUGUAAGCGUCAAUAUAUACCUUGAUCUUGCAGAAAAAAAGACCAUAUAUUUUUUUAACCGAUUUCCGAACUCUAAAUGGGUGAAUUUUGGCGAAUUAAACGCCUUUCUAUUAUUCGCUCUCACGUGACGUCACAUCGGGAAGCAAUCCGCCAUUUUCUCACUUUCGUCGGUGUGUUGUCGGAGGGUGUAACAACACGAACAGGGACGGAUUCAAGUUGCACCAGUGGCCCGAAGAUGCGAAAGUGGCAAGAAAUUGGACGAAAUUUGUUCAAAAUACGAGGCUGUGGGGAAAGCCGACGAAAUGGUCAGUCGUUUGUUCCGCACACUUUACCGACGAAAAGCUAUGCUACGACAGAGAUGGCAAGAAUGUGUGGAUAUCCUGCGACACUCAAAGCAGAUGCUGACAUCAACUCCAAACUGGACGGAUCAGCUUUCAGGAAAAGAGGAUGAGGGUAUGUCUACAGAAUAUAUUAAUUGAUGAAAACUGUAUUCAUUACUCGGGGUUUUACGUAAAUUAUUAUACAUAAACUGUGUUUACCAAUAAUUUAGCUUAAAAACAUUUAUUUUUGUCAAUCAUUCGAGUACAUUCGGGUAGUCUUUUGUAAUACAGUAUUUUGUGUCUAUUUAGGUAUGGUUAACCUGAGUGCUGAA